AUGCUGCCCCUGGCCCUGGCCGCCGCCCUGCCCGUGGACUUCGCCUGCGCCGCCUGGCCUUACGACCUAGUGACCGUUCCAGGGUACCUGAUCAAGCCCCAGCACUACGUAUUCUCACCCUUCGGGGUGCUGUGCGUGCAUCCCGAUGAGAGCUCCGAGGCACUUUCCUUGGGCGCCUGGCAUCGGGAGGCCAGGCUGUGGCAGCUGAUGCAGUACAUUCCCUUCUUCCGCCUUUUCUUGGUCCGCAAAGCCUUCACUCGGUGGUACUUUAACGUCAAACAUUUGCAAUACUUGAAGCUCCGGGAGAAGCUGAGCCUCCAGUUGCUUCAAGCAGUGCCCCAUUUUGGAGCAGCGCUUCUUCACAUAUCCAGGCUCUUGCAGGAACUGGAAGCCGUUCACUGGCUGCCAACGGGCACCAGCAGGUGUUACAACUUUGUGGAACUCAAGCGGUCCCUGGCCCAGAUAAACAGCAACGCGGACUGGUUCCUUCACAGGUUCCUCUGCCUCUGCACCUCCAUCUUGGAGCUGGUGCGGGAUGACACCUACAAGAUGGUCCAUGGGCUGCAGAUGGAAGUGCAGGGCUACAAGUUGUACAUCACCAAAGAGUCCCCGUACCAGCAGCGGCUGCAGUUCGAGAGGCUGCAAUGCCGCUUGCGAGAGGCAGAGUCCUGGCUGCAGAAGCUGGGUGUCCUGGCCGUGCUGGUGAACUUCCUCGUUUGCCAGACCCUCAUCUCGGUGAUGCACGAGGAAAGCUCCACCUUCAUCAAUUGUACCAUGCAGGCCGAUGGCUCCACCCGGAAAGCCGUCCUCCGGGUGCAGCUGGUGUUCAGUGCGGACAAUCAGCUCGUGGUCUUUCCCUCCAGUGGGGAGCUGGAAGACUGCCUGCUGGGGGCUCUGCGAACCAUGGUGGAGACAGUCCUGGAGACCACACGGGUUAAAAGCGAGAAGGCAGAAGCUCAAGCAGGCCCCAGAACCGGGACGCCUGAAGCAGAGCACCCAGCCUCCCAAGCAGCUGGAGACCCCGUGGCCGGCCCAGCCAGCGGGCAUGACCAGAUCUCCAAGUUGCGUGAGCAGCUGCAGCAGAUGUCUGUGACGGUGCUGUGCAGUGAUAAAGCUCAGCUGCUCCAUCGUUUGGACCUGAAGGCCUGCAUUGGGCUGCAGGUGGUGGGCCACCGGCUGCGGGCCGAGUACCCUUUGCUGUCUCGUGAGCAGCUGGAGACCGACCUGCACUCAGACAGCAUCAUCCAGAAGGCCAUGGCUAAAUUGCGGGACCUCUUCAUGGCUGGGCUGGCAGAGACGCAGCUGCUCUGCCGAGAGUACUCUUGGCUGGGCCAGAUCUACCAGUACGUGCACAGCUGGAGCGACAGCCAGCUGGAGAGCAUGAGGGGCCUGCCGGCAGAAGAGUACGUGAAUCAGAUCCUCAAGUUGCGCACCUGGGCGGUCCAGGUGCAGAAGGUGCCCCAAGUGGUCAUCACCUUCAAUCGCUUCUUCCUGGUGGACUGCGGUGGCAUUCUUCAGGACAUCCUGCCCCCCCUGGCCUCCAUCGACAAAGACAUCCUGACCCUCCUGCUGAGCGAGACCACCAAGCGCAGCGAGCAGUUCAUUGCCGAGUUGGCCUCUGUCCUGCAGCUGUACAUGAACGUUGGCACCGACAUCUUCACCGUUGCCAAGUGCUCGCAGAAGCUGGAGCACUACCAAGGCCAGAUGGCUGAGCUGCAGGAAUACGUGGACUACGUGCGCGCCCUCAACGACGUCAUCCAGCAGUGCUAUCGCCCUCUGAGCCCCAGUGAAGAAAGUCUGGAAAACAUGCUCCUGGACACCUGGGAUGCCUUCGUGUACCAGCAGCGGGAGGUCUCUGACUUCAUUGUUUCACGCCGCCUGACCAUCAUUGAGGAGCUCAGCAGCUCCCUCCAGGACGCGACUCGGGAGCUCCAGGAGCUGCUGACCACAGUUACUUUAGGCCGCUUCCAGGACCCGGCCCAGAACCCUCGUGUCAUGGAGGACGAGCUGAUCCGGCUCCUGCAGCGCUUCCAGGCUUUGGUGGGACGUGUCACGGACCUCUGCCACUCGCAGCGGAUUCUGACAGGGGGGCGCACGGACCUCUCUCUCCUCACCAGGCAGCAGGAGGUCAUUGAGAUUCACAUCCGCGUCUGGCAGCUGUUCCGCAUCGUCUCUGAGCAGAUCACGGAGUGGAAGUGCUUGGCCUUCAUCAAGUUCAGCACCCCUCUGGCCCUGGAGAAGACGGAGGAGUGGCAGAAGGAGGGGGCCAGGCUGGAGGGCUCCCUGCCCAGCCACCACCGUGUCAUGCAGGCUUGCCUCUCAGCCAUUGCCAACUUCCAGAAGUACCUGCCUUUGCUCCUGAAGCUCGGCAGCCACUUCCUUAAGCUCAGCUGCUGGAAGGAGAUCUUCGCUGUCAUGGGUGCCAAGUGCCCAAUGAAUAUGCAGUUCACCCUGGGCCAGCUCCUUUCCUACCCAUUGCUGGAAUAUAGCGAUGCCAUCUUCAGGGUCUAUGCCCAUGAGAAAAGCCGUCAUUACGCCAGAGACACACUCCUGCGUCUCCAGAGGGCCUGGGCGGAGAAGCAGUUCCGCCUCGUCAAUUUCAUCCUCAACGUGCCCUACCAGGAACCGCAGCCGGAACGCUUCCGGCGACCAACUAGUGGCCGCCAGCGCGCAGCCAAGCUUGAAUACAUCUCCAAGGAUAGUGGCACCUUUGUGCUGUCAGAUACCACUGAAUUGAAGGCUGCCGUGGAGCACAACAUCUUGAUCCUCCAGAACAUGAUCCUGUCUCCCUUCUCCUCCGACAUCCUGGAAGAGGCCAAGAGCUGGGUGUCCACACUGCGCACUUUUGAAUCCCUUCUUUAUUCCUGGGUGAGUUUCCAACAGAAGUGGGUCUUCCUGAACAUGGUUCUCUACGAGAUGAAUAUCUCCCUGCCCAGUGCAGAGCUGGAUUCUCGGUUCCAGCGACUGGAUGCCCAUUUCCGGGAGGUCAUGCGGCUGACGUGCAACGAUCCCCUGGUGCUGUCCAGCGUCCAGUUGGGGCCAGGCUCCAGCCGGGACAGCCGCUUCAUUGGGGCCGCACUGCAGGCAGCUUUCCUGGAGGGCUGUGCCGACCUGCAGGGUCUCAUCCGGGCCCUGGACUACGUUCUGGAGGCCACCCGGAUGGGCUUCCCCCGCCUCUUCUUCCUCAGCAACGAAGAACUGGUGGCCAUGCUGUCUACCGCCAAUGAAACUGCGGACGCCUCGGCUUGGUCCCAACGUUGCUUCCCUGGAGUGUGCCAACUGGACCUGCUCCUGCCCCCAACUUCGCAAAACGCCGACGCCAUCUCUGCUGAGCUGCCCAUGGUGCAGGUGGUCGGCCUGAUAGGCAGCCAUGGCGAGAAGCUGAAGCUGUGUAGCUCAGUCCCCCUCGGCCGGAAAGUCACCCAGUGGCUCUGCAUCCUGGAGCACCACAUGAAGGAGUCCGUCUUCAACCAACUGCAGGAGUGCGUGGCCCAGCGCCUGGCUCUCAGCCCGCAGCUGGAUUUGGCCUUUGAGCGGCGCCCUGGCCCCACGGAACUGCCCCUGCACUUGGUGGCCGAGCGCUGGGCGGGGCUAGGCAACACCUUCCCGACCCAAUGCGUGCUAGUGGCCGAGGAGGCGCUGUGGCGGGUGGCAGUGGAAGAAGCCUUCUUGAACCGGCGGCUGCGGAAGGGGCUGGAGCUCAGGCUCAGCCUGAAGCUGGAGGCCGUGGUGCACUACAUCCGCAACUACCGCAGUGUCCACACCUGGAACCCAGAGCAGGACCCCCUGGGCAUGUUGCUGGGGGCCCUGAUCAUCAUCACCAUUCAGCAACGUGACCUCACCUCCCAGCUGCUCAAGCGCAAGGAGGUCUCUGCCCACCACUUCGAGUGGGCCCGGCACCUCAAGUACAGCGUCCACCUGCUGCCUGAGAAAGCCCGGGCAGCGGGGCUCCCUCCGAGUUGCUCCUGGGUGGGCAGCCCUCCCGGCUGCUGGGCCGAAGUCCUGGACAGACGCUUCCCUUACGACUAUGAGUUUCUGGGCACCAGCUCGCAGCUGCUGGGCAGCCCCUCGCUGGACAGGACCUUCCUGGGGCUCCUGCAAGCCUUGGAGGAGUUCUGCUGUGGGGGCCUGCUGGGCCGGCCGGACGUGGGCAAGUCUCACACCGUGCAGGGCUUGGCUCAGUUGCUGGGCCGCCACCUGGUCACGCUGCACUGCACUAGGCAAAUGUCCAUCAGCUGCCUCUCCCGGCACCUCUGUGGGGCUGUGCAUUCGGGGGCCCUGCUGCUGCUGGAGACGGUCGAGCGCUUGGAGCCAGCCGUGCUCUCUGCCUUCAGCCAUCGCCUGGUGGACCUGCAGAGGAUGUGCCUGAACUUGCAGGAGGGGGGCAGGGCGACCCCCUCUGCCCAGCCCUCGGCCGUCUUCCCCGCUGGCAGCCCAGGUUCGGAGAGCUCGGAGAGCUCGGAGGAGGGCGAGGAGCAGCCCGUUGGUUUGCCAGAGCUGGGCACCGAUGAGGCUGAGCCCUACCAGCCACGGGUGCUGGGAAACAUCCUUUUCGGGGGGAGGCUGCUUCGUGUGCGGGAGACCUACGGCUGCGUGGUCACCCUGGAGUCCCUUCCGGAGCAGCUGCGCCUGGCCCUGCGCCCCUUGGCCGUGCGGCCCCCUGAUCUCACGAGACUUGCGGAAGUCAUGCUGCUUGCGGCUGGCUUCCGAGAGGCCACACGCCUGGCGGAGAAACUGUGUGCUUUCCUGGAGUUGGAGAGGAUGCUCCAGUCCGGGCCCCACUUGGUCAGCCCCACCCUCAUCCGAAAGGUGAUUGGGAUGGCCAUCGACAUCCUGUUUGCUCCCACUCCACGGCAAGAGCCUUUGGCUUCCAGAGCCAAGCCCUCUCCUCGGACAGCCUUCUUCCUGGGCCUUGAGGAAGAGCCCGCUGUGGUGAAGGCUCUGCGCCGCUCGCCUUUGCUCACUGGCCCCGAGGGCCCUCGGCUGCACAACGUGCGUGAGCUGCUCCACGAAGUCUUCCCCAGCGCCGCCCUGCCCCCUUCCGAGCAGCUGCCCCCUCGGCUGCAGAGCGCCCUGGUGGCUCAGUUGCAGGAGGACAAGCUGCAGCCGGACCCGGACCUCCUCCUGGCUGCCAGCCAGCUCUCCCAGGCAAUGCAGGGGGCCACUGGCAUCCUCCUCCUGGGGCCCUCCGGAAGCGGCAAGACCACCGCCUGGCGAACCUUGUCCAAGGCCCAGAGUAGGCUGGCGGCCAGCGAUGCCACGCCAGGCAUGCAGGGUUCGAGUGCCCGUGAGAAGGGGGCCUUCCGGCCUGUAAGCACUGUCUGCUUGUGGCCCAACGCCCUGAGUGUCUCCGAGUUUCUGGGCAGCCUGGAGGGCAGCCUCUGGCAGGACGGGGUCUUCUCCCGGAUCCUGCAACAGGCAGCCACCUCAGCUGCCGCUUGUGGGACCGGCGAGGGCAGCUCCCAGCAGUGGCUGGUGCUGGAUGGGGCUGCUUGCCAAGAGUGGCUGGAGCCCAUCUCCUUGCUCUUCAGCGCCCGACCGUUCUUCAGCCUGCCCAAUGGGCAGAGGCUGCGGGCCCCCAAGAACCUCCGCUUCCUCUUUGAGAUGCUGGACGCCUCAGAGGUGCCCCCCUCGGUCUGCACCCACUGCGCCCUGCUGCACCUGGAGGGCUCCCGGCUGUGGCAGGUGCUGCUCUCCUCGGCCUUUGCCCCCGCGCAGCACAAGUACAGCCUCUCCCUGGAGACCCUGGCCACGCUUCACGGCCUGGCCAAGGAGCUCUUCCCGGCCACCGUGGCCUUCCUGGAGCAGCACUGCUGCCCGGCCCUGCUGCCCCACGCCCACCCCCAGCACCCGCUGGCCCAAGGGGUCCAGGAGACCACGGCCUUUGCCAGGAUCUUCCAGGCGCUGCUCAAGCACUACAUGUGCCACGACCAGCUCAAGCCCCGGCCGGCUGUCAAGGGGGCCACAGAAAUCGGCUCCUGGCCACCCACCAGCUUGAAGGCUCACAGUCUGGAUGAGGACCCCGCCCAGCCCCCCCUGCUGGCCCAGAGCAUCUUUGUCUUCGCCUACGUUUGGGGCUUUGGGAGCCACCUGCAGACCAGGUACUGGCCUCUCUUUGACCGCUUUGUCCGCAGGGCCCUCCGUAACAGCAGCUUGUCCAUCCAACUCCCUGCAGCGGUUUCCGCUUUUGAUCUCUAUCCUCUGGCCGAGGACGGCACUCUGAGGCCUUUCAACGGCCGUUAUCUGCACAGUUACAUCAAGGCCCUUCCUGCGGGCUUCUCAGUGUUGCCGCAGAACGAGCGGGUGCUUUUUGUACUGAACAUGUUGCUGGGCGCAGACCAGCCCAUCCUCCUGGUCGGGGAGCCGGGCUGUGGAAAAUCUACCUUUGCCGAGAUGCUUCUGCAGCCCAACUACUUGUAUCACCGGGUGUGCCUCACGCCUGCGUUCAGCACAGGGCACCUGCGCCAACUGCUGCACAGGAGGUCUCAGAGCCCCCUGCGGGAGAAAGGCCUCUUCCCCACUGGCAAGCCCACUCGGGGCACCGUGAGCAAAGCACACUUCCUCUUCUUGAUGGAGGAUUUGCACCUGGCUUUUGUCGAUCCAGUCCGAGGCACCAGCCCUGUGAUUGAGUCUCUGCGCCAGACCCUCACCCUCCAGCAGUUCUACCACGCCGAGACUCUGGAGCUGCAGCAGUGGCCAGCCACAGGUUUCAACUGCUUUGGUACGCUUUCCAUCCCAAUCACCGGCAGCCUGCCGCUGUGCCCUCGUUUUGGCAGGCUUUUCAGCACGGUCGUGCUCCCGGACAUGAGCAGGGAGUCUUUGCUCACCAUGCACACUGGCACGGUUUUAAGCUGGCUGGAGAAAUUUCCUCUGCUGACCCGGCAUCAUGAGUUGGCCUCCACGGUGGUCAAGGCCACCCUGGACACUUAUGAAGCAGUGAGUAGAAGGUUCCACCCCUCCCCUGCCUGCUGCCUCUUCCAGUUCUCUUUGCACGAUGUUGCGAAGGUGAUCAAGGGGAUGCUUCUGCUGCGGCCCCGCCCAGGGGUUCAUCUGAGCACCCACCCGGAAGACCACGGUUCCAAGGUGGCGAGCCCCAGGCGCAUGUCUGUUAUGGGGAGGCCGGCUGUGGGCACAGGGUACACCGCAGUACUCAGUACCCGGUUGGUCAUCCGGCUUUGGAUGCACGAGAGCCUACGCACCUUCUGUGACCCUCUGCGAGGAAAGCAGCAGCGGGAACUCUGUGAGCAAAUACUGUUGGAAAUCGCCACCUCUCUCUUCUGCGCCAAGCAUUGCGUCCUGCGGGUGGUUCCCUCCCUUCCUUCUGUUCACACACACACCGCUACUCAAUUUCCCAGCACGUCCAACACCUGUCUGGCCACGGCCUCUGUAGGGGAGGAGGACCCCAGAGAGGAGCAUCUCCUGUUGACUCUGCAAGCUGAGCCUGAGUUCCCGUACAGCGGUGGCUAUCCAAACUCCUGGGAUCCUGUGGAGCAGGCCCCAGCCCUGGCGCUUGACCCACCAGAUCCCUCUCCCUGGGAAGAAGUUGCCCUGGGAGAACCAGAAAACGAGACCCCCGAAACAGAGCCCGAAGAAGUGGAUGUGGGGAAGAAGCCAAGCAGUGGGAAGCCCAACCAAAUGAGAGUGUCCGAGGCUCACGCCACACCCCACCGGUCUUUCCUCAUGCGAGUCAAGCGCCGCAGCUCAGGCAGGAAGGACAGCUCUGGCCCACUGCUGCCGCUUCACCUCCUGCUCCUGCAGAGCGAGUCCCCAGCAGACAUUGUCUUCAGCAAGGACCUGGGCCCUGACUUCUCUGGCCCCAAUGCGCACAAUCCCUACCAGGAGAAGCUCUGGAAAACCCUAGAGACGCAGCUGCGCUCUUGCCUGCCCCCUGACUUCUUGUUGUGCUCAGACGUACUGAGGCAUGUGGUACGGCUGGCCCGCCUGCUCUGGGGACCAGACAGGCACGGGGCCCUGGUGUCUUUUGUCCGGGGCACAGGCCGGCAGUCCCUGGUGGCUCUGGUUGCUCAUGCCACAGACACCCAACUCGUUAACCUGCCAGCAAGCGCUAGUGAGGCAGAGGCACUGGCACUACUGAGGUCGGCAAGCUGGCAGGCUGGGAUUACGGGGAGGCGAGUGAUGCUGCUGGUGCACUCGGGAGUGAGUGUGGCCCUCUUGCAUCAGGUCCUGGCGCUGAUGACCGAAGGCACCUGCCCUGGACUCUCCAGCUCGGACGAUUCCAUGGCCAUCAUCCAGGCCAUGCUGCAGGAGAACCAGAGCAUCAAGCGCAACAUGCGGGAGGACCUCGUGCUGCAGAAGUUCUUCCAGUUGGUGCGUUCCAACUUGCACGUGUUCCUGCUCUUGGGGGCUCCUGGGUCCUUGGCGCUCCCACCCCUGACAGCCACAGCAUUGGCUCAGUCGCUCUGCAGCUUGGAGAUCUACCAGAACUGGAGCCAGGAGUCCUUGCUGCAGGUGGCCUCCAAGCGCUUGAAGGGCCACUUCAAGAGUGCCACACGGUUUACCCGAGAGCCCCUGUCCUUGCAUGCCCAGAAGGACCUGCUGCACAACACGGCUGUGGCUGCAUCCCAGAUCCACUCCUCGGCAGCUGACUACGCCUCCUCCCUGGACAACAGCCUACCCCUCGUCAGCCCCAAGAGCUUCCUGGACUUCCUGGAUUCCUACAUCUACCUGUUUGACAGCCUGCAGGAGCAGGUCACCAGGAGAGCCGAACGGAUGAAGCUGGCAUUGCAGAAGAUGGGAGAAGUGAGCAAGAAGCAGCAAGAACAUACGCGGGAUGUCCGGGUCCUGCAGCAGAAACUGAUCAAGAUUAAACAGCAAAUGGCCCAGAGCCAGAAGGAGGUGGAACGGGAACAAGAGGUGCUGAAGCAGCAGGAGGUGGAGUGCCGGAAGUUUGAGGCUCGCAUCGAUGUCCUGACCAAGAAAAGAGACGCUUUGGAGAAGAAGAAGGAGACGGCCAUGAAGAAGGUGAGCCAGGACUACAAGGCUGCCCUGGCUGCCCUCCGAGUGCAGGACAUCGAGGAGCUGCGAAGUUAUCGGCAACCCCCCGCUUUGGUGGUCCAGGUGACCGACCCCCUCUGCCUGAUGUUCCAGGUGGAGCCCGGGUGGGAGAGCGCCAAGCUUUUGCUCAACAAGGAGGAUUUCUACCAGGAUCUGGUCUUCUACCCCAAGGAGACUCUCGGCAUGCAGCUCUUCCAGGCUCUGGGCCAAGUGGUCGACCAAAAGGGUUUGUCUGUGGCUGCCAUCCAGAAUGCCAGCCAAGCAGCUGCAGCUCUUUAUCAAUGGAUCUGCUCCGUCUACUGGUACCACCGGGCGCUACGUGAGUGGCAGCCGGCCAUGCUGCAGCUGCAGUCCUGCGAGGACCAGAUCAACGCAGAGAAAGUCAGCCUGGGCGACCGGCGCCUUCACUCAGAGUACCUGCGGGACACCACCCAGGCCCGCAUCCGGGAGCUGAGGCAGAAGCAGGAGCACCAGGAGAAGCUGCUUCAGCAGCUCACGCAGUCCUUGCAGGCCAAAGAGGAGGCCAGCACAGUGGAGAGCUCCGUGGCUGAGCACCUGGCCAGCUGGACGACCAUGGCCAAGGACCUGGAGUUCCAGCAGAGCACGGUGCACGGCGAUGCCCUUCUCUCUUCUGCAAUUGUCUCCUACCUGGGUCCUUUCUCCCCACUGCGGCGGAAGGAGCUGCUGGAGAAGUGGCAGGCCAUGUGCGAAGGGUCCCGGGUUCCCCUGGGCCCCUGUGAUGUCAGCUGGCUCCUGCAGAAGGAAUUGCCCUGCCCGGGCCAGGCGUCCUCCGGCCCACCGCUGCUCUCACUGCGGAAGCCACUGAAGGUGGCUUCUUUGCUCAGUUCCGCUCAGCAGCAGCGCCUCUGGGAUCGGCUGCACAAGCCGAAGGAUGCCGAGAGUCGCCUUACCGCCAUGAUCGUCCAUUCCAGCGUCCGCCUGCGGGCCCACCGGUGGCCUCUCUUGGUCGACCCGGACAAGCAGGCCCAGACCUGGCUGCUGAUGACUUCCUCUUUGGAAGAGGAGGAGUCCCAGGCCCAGGCCCUCUCUGACCUGGUGCCGGACAUGGUGGAGCAAGGGGGCAGCGAUGAGGUCCCCGAGGACAACCUGGAGAUCUUGUCCCUGACCAGCCCUGGCCUCGAGCAGAGCCUCAAGGACGCCAUCAAGUUCGGCAACCCUGUGCUGCUGACCGACAUUGAAAAGGAUGUUCCCUGGUGUUCGGCCCUCCAGCAGUUGAUGGAGAAGGGACCCUUUUGGGGCUGCUCAGAGGGCAACAUUUUCUUCCCUGCCUCCGAAGAAGACGGAGGGGGAGCCGAGCACCUGCCCGUCACGCCUUCCUUUUCCUUGUACCUGUGCACCGAGCUGCCUGUUAAGUCUUUGGCUGCAGAGGCCGACCAUUCGCUCCUGAAGAGGCUGAACCUCAUCGACCUCAGCCUCAGCCGGGGGGCCCUGGAGGACCGGCUGCUGGGCGAGGUGCUGCACGUGGAGCGCCCGGAGAUCCUGAAGAACCAGCAGAUCUUGUAUCUCGGGAUCCUGCAGCUGGAAGGCAAGCUGGAGGCCACGGAGGAGGAGCUGAUGGACCUGAUUUCGCAGCCGCAGCGGUCGCUCUUGGAGGAGGAGAACUUCAUGCCGAUCGUGCGGCUCCUCCAGACCCAGAUCCAAGCGCUGCAUGCCACGCACAGGCACAUGGUCUCCCAGCACCAGGACCAGGAGGUGCUGUGCGGCAGGUAUCGGCCAGUGGCCUGCCUGGCGGUGGGGCUGCACGAGGCGCUCCAGCAGGUGGGCCGCCUGCACCCGCUCUACCGCUUCCCCACUGACUUCUGCGUCAGCCGCGUGCGGCAAGCCCUGAUCUCAGCCAAGCGCCAGGAGGCCAGCAAGCAGGAUUCCCUGGAGGCCCGGUUGAUGGAGCUCAGCAGGAUGGUGCUCUGGCACCUGCUCACCCAGGCCCUGCCCUGCCUGCGGGAGGCACACCGUCCGCUCUGCUUCUUCCUGGGAGCCGUGACCAUGCUGCAAGUGCUGGGGGACAUCAGCCCCCUGGAGUGGCUGGCCUUUGCCCAGGGCCUGCGAGACCCGGCCGCCAAGGCCCUCCUCCUGCCCCCGGCACCCAGCCCGGCCUGCCCCAGCUGGGUGAGUGCGGAGGCCUGGGAGGAGUGCGCCUUGCUGGAGAACCUUCCUGGCUUCCAUGGGCUGCUGGCCUCUCUGGCCGAGAAAGCAGUGCAGUGGCAGGAGUACUUCUCCCUGCCCUCCACGGUGGUGGGGCCGGCUCUGUGCCCCAGCCAUGCGCACCUCACCCCUUUCCAGCGUGCCAUCCUUUGGCGCAUUCUGUGCCCCAGGGCCAUGUGCCAGAUGGUUUCCGAUCUUACCACCUGCUUGCUUGGUUGGUCUUUCACUGAAAAAAUGGCAGCCGUCAGUCCCUACUCCUAUAGCCGCACCAACAAGCCAGUCAUCUUGGUCACGGUCCCGGCCGGAUCACAGGUCUCCUUUACGCAUCCUUUGCUCUGGAUCCAGCAGAUGGCAGCCCAGCGGGGACGGAAGGGAAGAGUGGUCGUCAUCUCCUUUGGUACCCCAGAUGCGUCCCGGCGUGUCCAGCGAACGUUGCCCAUUUGCACCAAGAAGGGGAAGUGGCUAGUCCUGGACAACUGCCAGCUACUGAGCUGCUGGGAUCCUGAGCUUCUGCAGCAGCUGGACCUGAUAUUGACCACCCCAGCAGGACUGAGCAAAGGGGCCCCCCUGCAGAUCCACCCCAAGUUCCGGCUCUGGCUCAUCACGUCGCUCGAUGCCCCUGACUCCGUGCCAGGGCCCGUGCACCGCUGUGCCACCACCUUCUUCUGCGAGAUGCCCCUGGAGCUGAAAGGCAUCCUGGCCCGCACUCACCAGUGGCUUCAGGGACAGGUCCAGAACCUGGACACGGAGAGGCGACUCUCACUGCUUGUCCUCCAUGGGGUCCUGCUGUACCGGCAGAACUACGCCCCAUGGACACAGGCCGCAUCCUACCUCUGGAGUCACGGGGAGAUCUUGGCAGGCCUCAGGGCUCUCGAGAAGCUGAGCUGGAUGGCUGACCCCUCUGAGGAAGCGCAGCUGCAGCUGGCAGGGACCAUCCUCUAUGGAGGCCACGUUCUGGAUGAGGGGGAUGCGCAGGCAGUGGAGAGCUUGUGCCAGCAGUGCUUGGCUCCCGCUUCCCACGCACUGCCCGGCUCUGGCCUUCAGAUGCUCCUUGCUGCGGUCAUCGGCCACGCAAGCCCAGGGCUCUUCGAAGAUGAGGCCUCGGCAGCCACCCAGGGGCGGAUGCAGCAGCUGCCCAGCCCCAUGGAUCCUGCCUGGGUAGGCCUGUGUGGCAGCCUGCAGGCCCAAAUGCUGGCCGACCGCAGCCACGCCCUGCUCUCGGCCCUGAAGGCGUCCCAGGGCCUUUGGCCUCGCUGGACCUGCCAGCCCCCGACAGCGCUGGAGCAGCUGGCCAAGCGAGGCCUGGAGGUGGUGCAGGAGCUGCAGGAGCAGCUGGAGCAAUGUGGCCGGGAGGUGGGAGCCCGAGGGCGCCCCCCCCACGGGCAGCCCCGCCCCAAGCCCCGCCCCCUGCAGCGCUUCCUACAGGAGGAGGCGGGCGCCUUCCUGGCUCUUCUGGAACAGGUGGGCAGGGACCUGGCCUGCGCCCUGCGGGGGCUGCCCUGCUCUUCAGCCCGCUGCAGAGCCCUCCUCCAGGCCCUGCAGCGGGGGCAGCUGCCCCGCCACUGGCUAGCCUACAUGCCCACCGGGCCCGAGCCCUUGCAGGACUGGCUGGGGACGCUCCAGCGGCGGGGCGAGCUCCUGUGCCGCUACCUGCGCUCCAUUGGGGGGGAGCCGGUGGUCUGCUACCAGCUGGCAGCCUUCCAGCACCCACAGCGCCUCUUCCUGGCCCUGCUCCAAGAGACGGCCCGGGCCGAGAAGCAAGAGCUGGGGAGCUUCCGCCUGGACCAGCAGGUGCUGCCCAGCCUGCUGUCCCCCAGCACUGCCCCCGAGAAGGGCCUCUACCUGGGUGGCCUGGAGGUCCAUCAUGCUGCCUGGAACGCCCACAGUGGCCACCUCCAGGAGACCCUCUCGGCACAAGCCUGUCAGCUGCCUGCAGUUUGGGUGAAAGCCAGCCAGGAGCCCUGGGCGGAGGCCUCUGUCUCCUCCAAGUACCAAUGCCCUGUGUACUUGGGGACCCCCCAGGCAGCCCUGGAUCUCCGCAGUCAGCGGGUCGUCAUGCAUCUGGCUCUCCCUUCCAAGGUGCCUCCUGAGCUGUGCACCCAGCUGCGGGUUCAUGCCAUCAGCAUUCUGCGGUGAGAGGCCACCGCAAGGGCCAAACUACGGGAGAAGCCCUGGGGUCAAGCUGCCGCAACCCUUCCCCCUUGUAGGCAGAGA